AUGACUAGUGAAAAGUUAUUAAAUAUAGAGAGAAGAUAAAGAUAACUGAAUCAAGAUUAUGAUAGCAUUAUAAGUGAAGAGAAUAAAAAGUUAAAAAAUGAAUUAAAGCUUUUACAAAAGUAACAAUAAGUAAUUUAAGCUUAAUUGAAUAUACAUACAUAAAUUUAUUUACUAAUUUGUAAAUAGAUAAAAAAUGUUUAUGAUGUAAUUAUGCAUGGAUAUUUUAGUAUUUGAAAUAAGAUGAAGAUAAUGAGGAGGAAUGUAGGAUAUUCUUUGAAUCAAUAAUUUAAAUAUUUAAAGGAUUCAACCAUGAUAUAGCUUAAAAUAUAUUUGAAGAAUUAAAAAAUAUAGGAGGCCCAUUAAGUCCAUAACCAUCCCCAAUUCUAUUUCCUUACUUAAAAUUUAAUUGA